AUGUGUUACAAUGUUGGAGAUAGAUUGCAGAUAGGCGAAGAAAUUGGCACAGUUAGAUUUAUUGGGAAAAUUGCUGAAUGGCCCAGUGAAACUGCCUACGGUAUUGAAUGGGAUAAUAUCACUAAAGGUAAACAUGAUGGUGUUUUAAAUGGAAUUCGAUAUUUUACAACAAUAGUGGAGAAUAGUGGGUCAUUUUUAAAGGAAUCAUAUAUAUUAAGGCGAGCAGAAUUAACUACAUCGUUGUCAAACGCGUUACAUGUCAAAUAUGGCGAUACACUAUCUGAUAUUGCAAUGUCUUUUGGACAAAAAAAGGUAGAAAGCUAUGGCUUUAAGAAGUUAACACUUAUGAAUAAUGAACUUAAGAAGUUGAGUGUCGUAAGUUUAUCUAAACUUAGCAUUAAUAAAGUGGGUACGAUCGAUGAUAUUAGGAGCUUCUGCGAAUCAUGCCCAAGGGUCACGAACCUGGAUAUAUCAUAUAAUCUUUUCACUAGUUUUAGAGAUAUAUUACGGCUCGUUUCCUUAGCAAAUAACAUAAUUACCCUCGAUGCAAGUGGAAAUGUCUUUCAAAACAUUGAAUAUGUUGACCUUAAGUGCCUACAUAUAAAAAGAUUAAUACUAAGAGAUUGCAAGCUAGAUAUCAAUUCUCUAAAAAGAAUAUUGGAAGCGUUUCCUAACCUGGAAUUUCUUGAUGUUUCUUCAAACUUAAUUACCACUAUUGAUCAUUUCCAAGUACCGAAUAAGUUAGAAGAACUUGAUCUGUCCCAAAACAAUAUCUGCAAUAUACCAUGUACAUUGUUCACGCCGCGGCUAACCGUACUAAGAAUUGCAAAUAAUAAUGUUACUACUGUAGAGUUUAAGAACUGUGAAAAUCUUCAAAACCUUAAUAUAUCGAGAAACUCAAUCAAAUCCUGGUCUAUUGUAGAUGAAAUCAAUUCCCACUGCUCGAAUUUAAAAAGUUUGAAUAUCAUUAAAAACCCGAUCUAUGAAGAUGAGCUAGAAGAUGUGAACUUUUAUCAAGCAAUAGCAAGAGUCGGAUCAUUGAGUGUUUUAAAUGGUAGCAUUCUACCUCGAGGUCUAAGGCAAGAUGCAGAACUGUAUUUUAUCUCUAAAGUGCAGAAUAAUCUCUUAGAAUAUGAUACAAAAUCAACACGUUGGCAAGAAUUGCUGAAUUCCUACAAUAUUACAGAUGAUAGAAAGUCCAAUCACCUUUCUAAUGUCUUAGAAGGCUUUUUUUGCAAACUGCGAAUCCUUUUGCAUGAUCAAGAAACUUUUGAAAUGACCGUGUUGACUAGUUCCUCAGUCCGUUACUUAAGGACCAUUAUUGCAAGAAAAAUUGGGACUGAAGUUCUUUCUGUCGAUAUUUGUUAUUCUAUUAUACCAGGUGUGAAAUCCAAAUUUGGACAAGAAUUUUCACCAUUGAGUAAUUUCAAUAUCACUACUGGAACUAUAAUAUAUGUAAAUGUAGAGACUAUUUCAUAG